ACUAGCUAGAUUAGACUUGUCGAUUGUCACCCAGCUAGACAGUAGAGAAGAAACAAUUAGCAGCCUCUAGCUUAGCUCCAUUUCGAUCGGUUCUUAAUUACUUUCGUCAAUCGGCCGGCCAGCCGGCAGGAGAGAGAUCUAGAGAAGAAGAAGAGGAAGAAGAAGAAGAUGGGGAGGGGGAAGAUUGCGAUUGAGAGGAUCGACAACACAACGAACCGUCAGGUGACCUUCUCCAAGCGGCGCGGAGGGCUGAUGAAGAAGGCCCGGGAGCUUGCCAUUCUUUGUGACGCCGAUCUCGCGCUCAUCAUCUUCUCCAGCACGGGUCGCCUCUAUGACUUCGCGAGCUCCAGUGGAAUGCAGGCAAUACUAGAGCGGUACCAGGAGGCAAAAGAGGAGCACUGCGGAGUGUUGAAUCCAACAUCUGAGGCAAAGUUAUGGCAGAGGGAGGUUACAACCUUGAGGCAGCAAGUGCAGAACUUACACCACAAUAAUAGGCAAUUGUUGGGAGAGGAGCUAUCGGGGACCACUAUUCGAGAUCUGCAGUUUCUAGUGAACCAGGUUGAGAUGAGCUUGCAUUCCAUAAGAAAGACGAAGGAGCAAGUUAUGGCUGCGGAGAUCCAUGAACUUAACCAAAAGGGAUUUCUUGUUCAGAAGGAAAAUGUCAAACUUGACAAGAAGUUCAGUAUUGCUCAUGAGCAGAACAUAGAGCUGCGGAAGCAGCUUUCGGCGGCCAUGAGAUCGAGUGAGCAGCAAGCCAGCGGAAGCAACUCAAAAGCUGCUGCCGGAUUAUUGUUGUCUACUAGAGUACGUGAACCAAAUAUUGACCUUGAGUUGCGCCAGCAGGAGCAUGAGGAUGAAUAACAUCUACUAUACGUCCACUG